AGUUACUACCACUUUCUCGCCUCACAACAAAUUGCGUUACCGUUGCUAGUUUCAAUUGAAUCAUUGACCGAAAUGAUUGGGGAACUGAUCAUAGUUUCGUUGUGCACAAUGUACGUUAAAUCUACAGCCAUUGAUUAUAAUAACAAACGCCAAGCAAUAAUAGAUGCCGAGCAAAAGUACGCUACUGGUGGACAUGCAUUUCUAACAGCAAAAGAAUCUCAAGCCAACGAAAUAUUGCUAAAUUUUAAAAAUCACUACAUUACUGAGGCAUCGGUUAAUCCCGAAUCGUAUGCUCCAGGAAUGCAUUUUUUUCGUGCAAAACCUUUGAUUGAUAAAAGUGACGUUUUCAAAAUUAUAAAGGAGAUUCCGAAAGGCUCAGUGUUACACCUGCACAACGUGGCAGCGGUUAGCUCGGAAUGGAUUAUUAAAAACCUGACAUACCAACCGGAAGCCAAACUUUGUGAAAUAAACGGCAAGUUUUACUUUACUACAAGGACAUCAAAAUUUUGUCCGCAAGAAUCUGUCAGAAGUAUUCAACAACUAAGAAAGGAAAAUGGUACAGCAGAAUCUUUUGACCUCUGGUUGGAAUCACUAAUAAAUCUCAAACUCCGCAAGCCCAACCUGAUGCAUGCAUCUAUCAACAACGUGUGGGAUGAAUUUGAACAAAUGUUUUCAGCUGUUAAGGAUUUGGUUUCCUACAAACCCUUCUUUGAGGCUUUUCAUACACAGCUUUUGAAAGAGUUUUAUGAGGAUAAUGUCUUCUAUAUCGAGUUACGAAUGUCACUAUCGCGAUUGUACGAUGCGACUGACAAAGUAUACGACGAGUUUGAAGUUGCAAAAAUCGUUAGGAAUAUUGUGCACACAUUCAAAGAAACCAAUCCGGAUUUUAUAGGAGCAAAAAUUAUUUAUUCCAAACAUCGUGGGAUGGACAGUAAAGCAGCACAGGAUCAACUGCACACCUUCGCCAGAUUGAACAGCGAGGAAUUUCCUAACUUUGUGAUUGGAUUUGAUCUAGUUGGACAGGAAGAUAUCAACCAACCAUUGACCAUAUUUAUGGAUGGACUGCGCACAUUUCAAAAGACGACCGCUUACUUCUUCCAUGCAGGAGAAACUAAUGGGUACGGGACCGAGGCAGAUCUUAACUUGGUGGACGCCAUCCUACUGAAUACUCGACGAAUCGGCCAUGGUUACUCUUUGUACAAACAUCCUGCGCUUUGGCGGGCGGUGAAAAGUAAAGGAAUUGCACUUGAAGUAUGCCCUUUGUCCAACCAAGUGCUACGACUGGUAGACGAUCUCAGAAAUCAUCCGGCGGUGUUUUAUGUGUCUGAAAGCGUCCCUAUUGUUAUAUCAUGCGAUGAUCCAGGCUUUUGGGAUAGCAAAGGAAUCAGCUACGAUUUCUAUUAUGCAUUCAUGGCAAUCGCUUCAAAUUCAGCUGGAAUCGGGUUUCUCAAGCAGAUUGUAUGGGAUUCGGUUCGGUAUAGCUCACUAACGCCGCAAGAAAGACAACAGUUUGCGCAAAUACUGCAGCUAAGAUGGGAUCGGUUUGUGGAUAAUUUGGUAUCGGGGAAAUUUAUUUCCGAUGAUUGUGUUUCUGUUUAGAGUUAUCACUUCAAGUACUUGUACGUUUUUGUCGAAUGAAAUUUCUGCAGCAUAUCGCAAUUUGGUCGUAGCAUCUUCUGAAGCUAUGAAUACCUUGUUCCUGUUUGUGAAAUAAAAUAAAUGUUUGUUAAAUAAUCUCAA